AUGAGGUAUGACCGUCUGAGGAGCGUCGCCGGCAGGGUGCAGACGGUGGUCAGGGAUUUGGCGAUGCAGGGGGAGUCGUUGCUCAGCUGGAGGGACCCCAGGGCGACAUCCACGCUCAUCGUGGCGAUUGUGCUCUACGUGACGCUGUUCCAGGUCGUGGCCGUCAUUGCUGGGCUUUACCUCCUCCGGCACCCAAAGUUCAGGGGCAAGCAGCCCUCCGUGCCCUUCAACCUCUACAAGCGCCUGCCCGCGAGGGGCGACAUGCUCAUAUAUUCACUAGUAUAUACUCUAGUUUCGCAUUCAGAGUUGAGGCUUGGACUAGGACAGAGAUGCUCUCAACAUUCAGAAGCAGCUUAA